AGAGGGACAGCUCAAAGAGAUAUUGCUGCAUGUGCUAUCUCCUGCUAGGUGCCAUAAUGCAUUUCUCCCAGCCUAGGAAGCACUGAACUCCAGUGGUCAAGGGAGCCAUGGAGGAGAGAGCUGCCCAGCGGGAACAGGAGAGACCCAGUGUUCGUCUGGAAAAGCUACAGCACUGGGCAAGGCACAGGCAGAGUGGGCACCUCUUGGUGCUGGCGGUGAGCCAGCUAUGGCUGGCUGUGGCUGUGAUGCCCUUUGCUGUCUCUGUUGCCUGCCUGAAUUCUGCUUGUCACAUGGCCACAGCGCUGCCACUUGUGCCUGGAGCUUUGGGUCUCCUCACUGGGAUGGUUACCCUUGAGCUGCGCAGAUCACCCCGCCUCUGGAAGGUGCAGGCCAUGAUGAUACUCAACAUCUUCAAUCUGAUCUUGGGCUUCAUCGUGGUGGUGGUCGAGGUGAUGAAGACAGCCUUGGGGCCUGCCCCAACUGCCCCCUCCCAGCUGGCUGGCUUGCUGGUGGUGGAGCUCAGCGCUGAGACCUUCACCUUAGGGGGAGUGCUCCUCUCAGCACACUCCCUAUUCCUGCUGAGCCAGAGGAAGCCAGGAUGCUGCCGGACCCAGAGUCUGCACUACCAGGAGCUGCAGGAGGGUCUCUCUGAGUUGGAGGAAGUUGCUGAUUUGGAGAAUGGCCCCACGGUGGCUAGCACAGCAAAUGGAACAAAUGAGUGAGCUGGCGAGGGGAGGCAGAGAAGUCCUGCUCUGCUACCCGUCAGGAGCAGUUUCCAGACCCUCUUGUCCCCACUCCACAGAACUCAGAAGCUAGAUGAAGUCAGUCCUCUGAGACCUACAUGAAGUCCAGUGGAGUGCCUUCAAUUUCAUUCGGACUCGGCCCCUUUCUCUUCCCUUCCUCGCUAGGAGAAGCUAUACCUAAACCAGAGUAUUCCCUCACCUCACUAGCCUGAAAAGCUGCCCGCCUGCAGGACAUCCUUAAGCCAACUUUCAGCUGUACCCACUUCUCCCUUCCAUCCUUCCCCUCCUUACCCAUAGCCUCCCCAUACAGCUUCGCAUCUGUCUCAUCUCACUUAUUUCUCUUCUUUCCACAUUUCACAAUCCCAUACUCCAAGCCCGGGUUCCCGUAUGCGCCCACUCUUGGAAGUCAAUCCACGGGGGCUUUAGUUUUCUCUUUCGAUCCCGGUCCCUUCUACUCUAACAAAGACUACGAGUCCCAGGAUGCCCCUCUGCCCCCUGGCCUGAUGGGAAAUAAAGAGCCUUCCCUCCGGGAUGGGGGCGCUGUGCAUCUGCUGAGUGACGCGAGGCGCUGUAAGUCGGGGCCUAGCCGAGAGUUUCCUCGGACGCGACCACUGGCCCUGGGUGCAGGGAGGAGCCGGGCGGGUUAUCCUGCGCGGGGGCGCCGCGGCCCCAAUCACGGCAACUGAGAGCUGACUGUGGGUCCACAGCCCUCCCUCUGGCAGCUUCGGGGACGAGCUGGGGCUGGGAGCUGGCCCUCGGCAAAGCUGCGUGCCCCAAAUUCUGGCGCCGCGCCCCCUCCCAUAGAGCCCAAAUCCAGAGUCCUGAGACUUGGAGCGCGCGCGAGAAAGGGGUUGGAGAUGAUGAGUCAGAAGCCCAAGGCCCUUCUCGUCCCCCUCCCUUCGGGCCCUGGUGCCGGACGAGGACAGGCGCGUGGGGCAGACGGGUGGACGGGGCAAGAAGAGGAAAGGACGCGGCGACCCGAGCUAAAAUUUUCCCGCCUCUUGCGAGCACGCCGGUGUAACGAGCCCGCGUUGCUGCCACCCUUUCUCUCCAAGGCGGGAGCGGGACUGCGCAGGCUCAGCCUCUCGCAGCCCCGCCGACCUUUGAUCCCGGCUGCGUCCGGUUGCUGAAGCUCUGGUUGGGCUCAACCCCCACAGUUUAUGACCUUUGCACGUGUGCAAAGAUGACAAGCUCAAGUGGGCUUGAGAAAAGCCCAGGAAAACUGGGAGACCCAGUAGCACCAGCCGCUAGAGAAACUAGAAAUUGACCACAGCUGGAGUACUAAGAGAACUCACCCCAAAU